UGACUUUCUCAGUACUUGAUAGUUUUACAACAUAACAUAAAAGUAUAUGGCUGUUGUUGAUUUCAGACUCUGGGACCAUAUCAUCUAUGACAGGGAGGCAAUUUCACUUAGGUUUUUCCUGGAUGGGCGAUGAAAUUGAAGUUGGGGAAAGUCCUUUUUUUAUUUGUCCUUCAAGUACUCAGCCCUGGAAAAAGUGUGCAAAUAAAAAAAAACAUUACUACAUUCAGUUUUAGUACCUAUCUGAUGGUUCACAGUUUUACAGCUGUAUUCCAAAAUGGGCAACAUGCAGUACGGUGGGUUGUCCCACACCUCUGACCUGCCAGUUUACAGAGCUUUAAAGUGGUUCCAAAGUGGAAGAUAAACCCCAAAAUAUUUGCUUAAUACCAAUUCAUGUCCUUUUAUCUCAAUGUUUUCUUUAACUGAUUAAUUCUUUCAGUAACAUUAAUUCCAGUUUUCCUUGCUUCUCAUUACAGCUUUCCACUUGUGCGAGACUUCUGCAGUUUGGAAAUUUCCUUGUGCUACCAGCGCUGUUACAAAUUACACCACAGACAUUAUUAUUCUGUAUCAACACAUUAAAGGCACCUUACAUCAGAAUAAAUUCAUUGACAAACCGCAUCCCUGAUUUGCAUAUUCGAUUAAAACACAAAACCGCACACAUACACACACACACACACACACUUACUGACACAUAUACACAACACAAAUUACUAGCAUCCUUACAAAUACAACUGUUUUACAAUACAUAUUUAAGGCAUAUUUUUCUGUCUGCUUUUUGGAUAACAUAAGUUUCCUCCCAAGUCUUAGUCUUUCUGAAAGCUUCCCAGGAUGCCACGCAGAGGUAGGCGUUCGGAGGCGGCCAAGAGGAGAUGGAGGCGUCUGAACCAGGAGGAUCUGCAGUCCACCUCAUCGGAUUGCACCAAGCCCGGGACGCCACCAACCACCUCACGGGUUUGGUCCCCCACACAGUCUCCACUGCUGAAGAUGUCCAGGCUGCUCGAGCCCCAGUCUCCUGAUGAGGCGUCGUCGAGUGCCACGGCGUACCAGGAGGAGCCCCGUGAGCCAUUGACCUUUCUUUGGUCAGGCCGAGGGACAGGGCAUCGUCAUCGGGUGAAGCAGUGGCCGCGCUCCGAUGUGACUGGGCUCAGUCACAAGUUGGUCCUUCCAGCCGAGGCUCCGGAGAAGAAGUUUGCUCUUUUGGUUGGUGACUCCCAUUUACGUGCUAUCGUAGAUGGCUUUGUCACCAUGCCAGAGGGCAAGUUCUCCUUUGGGUUCCUUGCAACCCCCGGGGCCUCUGCGGCUCAGUUGAGGCGUGAGGUGCAGAAGGCAGUUCUACCCCGGACUCCCGAGGUAGUCUGUCUGUUAGCACCCAGCAACAACUUGACCGCCAGCAGGACACCGGAGGAGGCAGCUGUGGACUUUGACGACUUGUUGGCCACCAUCUGCAGCCGCUGGCCUAACGUGGUUGUUGUGGACUUUCCUCCACGUCUUGUUGUGGAGGAAAGCCUGCAGCUUCUGCUGCGGCAGGCGUACCACCGGGUGGCUGCUCGGAGAAGUGUUCGGUAUCUUUCUGUCGCUGAAUACUUCCCUCUGAGUCGUCUGGAGCUGUGGAGCAAGGAUGGCGUUCACCUGAGUGACAGUCCUGGGAUGGAGGUUCUUGCCCAGCUGCUGUGGGUUGCCACAUACACGCAGCUGGAUGCAAGUGAACCGAAGUCUCCAGCUCCUGUGACGGCCUCCCCUCCCCUGGUCAGACGUUCCCCUCCUCCUAGGCUGGUGGUGGUCGGCGAGGUGGCGUCUCCACGUCCUUCCAACCCCUUCGAAUGGACACUCGUGGAAAGUGGCCAGAAGCAGCAGGUCCAGGGAGCUGUCAGUCCACACACCAGCAAGAGGAUGGUUGACCAGCAGGGAGACCUGCUGGACCCUUCCAUUCCUCCAAAUCCUGUGUGGUUCAGCCCCGCCUUGCUGGAGGAGAUGGAUCGGAUCGUCCCCUCAUCUGGCUGUGACUUCCUGGAACCCCCCUGUGCUCCGAAGGGGAAGAAGGCCGAGGGAACGCUGCCUGACAAGACCAGGCCUGUCCAUCACCAGCCAAGGAGAGAAGUCCCUCCGACCGAGGACUGUGCGUUGGAACCUGGCGUUUGCGGUUCACCAGUCCGGUCUGUGAGGGCUACACAUUCCCAGGCGGACAGGAAAUAUGGUAUUUUUUCACGUAACCAUCAGUGUGCAUGCAUGGCUCUGACCUUUUUGGCUUAUCACAAUGAGGGUUUGCAGUUUGACAAAGUUUUACUUGACAGAGUUCUUGAAAAAGGAAAUGCACUGUAUGUUGGUACCAAACAGCAGCUCAUGUUGGAUGGUACAUUUACUGACGAUCACUUGACAGUGGAAGAGAUGCCCAGACAAGUGUUGACGGACAGGAACAUCUACACUGUACACACAACAGGUAUUAGAGUGGGUUAUGUCUUCCGUCAAAAUGACAACCCUCCAACAUCACGACGGUUGGGUUUGGAUCUUGCCUCACAACUGGAGUGCCUGUCUGAAAAUGUCACCCAUGCUUUCCUUCUGGUCACUCCAGAGUUCAUUGCGGUUUUCCGUGACAGAGACGGUAGGUUUGGUGUUUUCGAUUCUCACUCACGGAAUUCAGCAGGCCUCCCCCACCACAAUGGAACAGCAAUAAUGAAGACGUUUAGCAACUUGACCCUCAUGGUUCAGCAUCUUUACAAACUCUUUCAAAACCGAGGCCCCCGUGCUACUUAUGAGUUUGUCCCAGUUGGAUUUGUCAAUGAUUGUGAUGAUGCCCCUCCUCCCAUCUUGGACUCUGUUAAUAUUUCACCAGCACCCACAGAAGCAAGACCAGAGGUGCAAAAACCAGAGAGCACUUCUGACCAAGAGGAAAUGCCACCUUGGCUUUGUGAUGUAGCCAACACAGUAGAGGAAACCUUCCCAACAGUUCCAGAUGUGACCAAAAUGCCUAAAGCCAGGAGGCAAAAGGUAAAGCAAAGGAUCCAAGCACAGCUAGGACAGAAUGUACUUAGAAGGAUAAAACAAAGCACAUCUGACAAACAAAGGUAUGAAUCCAGUCCAACAUUCAAGUUAAGUAAACUCCAAGCCUUAAAAAAAACAUAUAUCCUUAGACAACAGCAGAGGAAGGACCACCUCACUAGCCGGUACAAGAAUGAACCUGCCUUUCGUUGGAGAAAAAUUAAUUACAUAAAGGAAAAAUACAGAACUGAUCAUACCUUUAGGACGAGACAGAAAACAUGCAUGGGGCUGCAUCUAAGAGCAAAAUACAACAAGGAUCCUUCUUACCAAAACCAAAAAAGAAAAUAUAUCAGGACACAUUACAGCAACAACCCCACCUACCGUGCCCAACAGAACAAAUACGUGACAGAACAAUACAGCACCAAUCCCGCCUACCGAAGCCGGCAGAAGAAAUAUGUGACAGAACAGUACAGCAACAAUCCCGCCUACCGAAGCCGACAGAAGAAAUAUGUCGAGGUAAAAUACACAAAUCCCGACUUCAGAGCCAGGCAGAAGAGCGUUAUGAGGAAGUAUAUGAAGGAAAAAUAUCACACCAAGUUAGCGUUCAGGGUUCAACAUAAUAAAAAAUGUACCAUCAACAGGAAACUAAGGGUGUCAAAGGAAGCACUUUCCAAAGAUUGGACAAUGCGGUGUGCUCUGCGAAUCCGUAGGAAAUACAGGAGAAACUUUGGCCAUCACCAGGAAGCUCCACAGCCUCAGAUCAGCCCAGAAAUGAGAGCUGCAAUAAAGAAAUUCCAGGACAAAAUUCGCCAUGGACCCACAUACGUCUGCACGGUGUGCCACAGAGCUCUAUUCCCAGGUCAAGUGAAGCAUUGUAACAGGGGUAAGUAUAAAAAGAACAUGAGAGUGGUGGCUGAGUGCUUAACGGGUACUUAUGUACACGUCUGUGGAUCUGCAUGCUCUGCCCCAUGUUCUGCACCUGAGGAGAGAAUGCAGGAAUGGAUCUGCUUCACUUGUGACAACCACCUAUUUAGAGGAGGGAUGCCACCAAUCGCUGCUGCAAAUGGCUUGCAUCUGUCACCCAUUCCCCCGGAGCUUGCUGAGCUGAAUGUGCUGGAAAGGCAGCUAAUAUCCAAAAUCAUCCCAUUUGCAAAGAUCGUUUCUUUGCCAAAAGGACAGCAAAAAGCAGUACAUGGAGCUGUUGUAUGUGUUCCUUCUGAGAUGGAAACAACUGUCAACAGUCUCCCACGGCCCAGCACAGAAGCCCAGCUCUUACAGGUCAAGCUGAAGAGAAAAAUAAAAUUCAAAGGACAUCAGUACUUCUACACCGUCAACAUGAAGAAUGUGCUGGCUGGUCUGGCCACACUUAAACGGACCCAUCCCGAUUACAGGGAUGUUACUGUAAACGAAAGUGCUGCCUUUGAUUUUCAAGAGGAUGAGCCAACUGAGGAGUCUAUCCCUGAAUCUGACCAUGAUUCGGAUGCGGCAACGGAACAACAGCCUGAGCACAUAGGGGAAGAGCAUCAGGCUCUUCGGCCUGGUUUAGUCUUGGACACCUGUAUGCAGCCCCCCGACCUGGCACAGGAAGUCCUUUCUUAUGGAGAUGGUAUUUUCAGCAUCGCUCCUGCCCAAGGAAACAAACCUGUUUCCUUCUUCAGUGUUCCCAGGCUUGAAUCCAUGGCUUACCCUGUCCAAUUCCCCACUGGAAGAAACACCUUGGAUGAAGCCAGGCGAGUCAAGCUGUCUCCGAGUAUGUAUUUCAAUGUACGUCUUUUCUUGGUAGACACUAGGUUUGCGGCAGACCAGAGCUAUCUUUUCUUUGCUCAGUUUGUCACUGAGACCAACAUGGCCAACAACAGCAUGUCUAUCCAAACACGGAAAGGGAAACCGACGACCAAAGAUGGACGGAACAUUUCCAGUAAAAUGCUCCAGGAUAAAGAAGAGGUGGAAACGCUAAUCCAGAAUAAAGAGGCCACUCGUUUCAUGCAACCGUUACGAGGCACUCCAGCUUAUUGGGAAAAAGGCCUCCGUGAUUUGCAUGCCAUGGUUCGACAGCUUGGAAAACCUACCUUCUUUGUGACCUUCUCCGCGGCUGAAAUGAGAUGGCCAGAGUUCAUUGAGGCCAUCAAAGCUCAGCAUGGAGAACAGGUAGCAUUUUCAGAUCUUGACUGGAAUGCAAAGUGCGAUAUUCUUAGAAGCAAUCCGGUCACUGUCAUGCGCAUGUUUGAGAAAAGAGUGGACGCGCUUUUCACAGACCUCAUUCUUUCCCCGGCACAGCCUCUUGGACCUGUUGAGGAUUACUUUUAUCGUGUGGAGUUUCAGGCAAGGGGUUCACCUCAUAUACAUGCGGUGAUUUGGAUUAAGGAUGCACCCGAGAUGGAAGACCCGGCAUGUUGCGAUGGAGUCAUAAAUUUCAUCGACCGCUACAUAUGCUGUCAACUGCCCGAUGAAACCGCAGACCCCGAGCUCCAUAAAAUUGUCAAGGAGGUUCAGAUGCACAGCAGAAAGCAUUCGAAAUCGUGCAAGAGGGGAAAUGGCUUGACAGGAGCCGAGGCGUCGGUCAGACUCACGGUGACAGACCCAGAAGCCGAGGCGUCGGCCGAUCCCUCGGUGACAGACCCAGAAGUCGAGGCGUCGGCCGGUUCCUCGGUGACAGACCCAGAAGUCGAGGCGUCGGCCGAUCCCUCGGUGACAGACCCAGAAGUCGAGGCGUCGGCCGGUCCCUCGGAGGAGCUGUGGGCGGAUUCGGACAGGGAAGUGGAGGGCCCCGAUCCACUGAACAGGAAGCGGCAGAGGACGCCGACGGGGCAGCCGGCAAAGGCUGAGAAGCAACGGCCGAUCGCUGCUCCGAACGGCUGGAGGACUGGUUAA